AUGGAAAACAGCGCAAUCUCAGCUUCCAGCAUCCGGUCCGCCUCCGAGUCGACCUCUGACUCCAGUUCGUCAGUUAGAGAGGAAGUGACAGAACGAUCGUCGCCAACACUUGCACAAGCGUCUCGCUUCAAUGCCGCUGUAUCAAGCACAGAUUAUGCCACCAACAAAGAACGGGCAACGGCACCUCCUAUAAAGAAUGAACCGCGAUCACAUCCAAGCAAGGUUGAUUUAGAAGCCGAAGCCGAACAGGUAUUAUACCUACCACCCAAACGGUACACAGGCGGCCAUCGAUUGCGACCAGUCCCAAAAGAACAAGACAAUCAAAAUUACCCGGCCUGGGAAAACCUUGAAAAAGUAACCAAAGCCAACUUGGAUGCCGACUCGGGCUGGUGGACACUUCAACUCUAUGACGUUGUGCUCGUUUGUAUACGCGGGGAGGCCACCCCGACGCGCCUUGCCAAAGUGGUGGACAUGCGAAAGCUCCAGGAUGGCCGCUUCAUGGUCAUCUACGCGUGGUUAUACGAAGAGGAAGAUAUUAAAAAGGAGUUCACGACUGAUGAUGGUGGAAUGGAAGAAGAAUAUGCAAACAAUUUGAAACAGGCAUGGGACCAAAAUCCUGGUCCCGUCAAAUACAUGCUCAGUUCCAACCAGACAGUUGCCCUCUGGGAUACGGCGUAUGAGCGCCUUGCUCAAGAAGACGUCGAUACGAAAUUGAGCAAGACCCAUGUUUACAAGACGACCGACACUCGUACAGUGGCACCUGAGCGACACAUUUACAGCAUCAACGACAAACACAAAUCGCCGAAAUGGUUGAUACAGCUUUUGCACGAAACGCCGGCACUCGACGCCUUUCCGUCGGCUGGGUCUACAUAA